GUCUAGGCUAUAUAUUGGUGCAUGUAACGUUGUUGUAUUUUAAUUGUUUGUUGAUUUGGACUACAAGCAAGACAAAAACUCUGGUGAACUUUGACCCAUUGAAGUGGCUGGUUUUCAUUGGUCUAGGUUUGGACUGAGCUCUGCAAGCAUCCAAUCAGUAAAACUUUUUUAAAAAAAGGCAGUGAUCUGUGUUAAUCAGUUUAGGACAGAGCAGAUGUAUGUGGACAGAAUGAAUAGUGCAUGGGCCAUAUUUAGAUCAUAUCCAUACAUUAGCAAUGUUGUGGGAUACACAGCCCUGUUUGCUACAGCAGACUUUAUACAGCAAAGCAUGCUGGGAGCUGCACAGGGUAGUCAUGCUCAGUUCAGUUGGGACGCUUCUGAACAGGAGGCAUUAAAUACACAUAGGAUUACAGUGGCUGGGCACUCAGAGAACGCUCCCCUCAAAGUCUCAGAAUGCAGCCAGCAAGAUCCUGAAGAAAAGGUCAUCUCAGUACCAGUGAUCAGAGCUCAUCACUUCUGCAUUGACUGGGGCCAGACUGCUCGGGUAGCACUGAUCGGCCUGUGCUUCCAUUCCAACUUCAACUACCACUGGCUGCGUGCACUAGAGAGGAUGUUUCCAGGAGGGAGGACCAAGAGAAUAUCUAUGAAGGUUUUUCUGGAUCAACUAAUUGCUGCUCCUGUCACAAUAAGUGCCUUCUAUAUCGGCUUGAGCACCUUAGAAGGGCAAAAGGAUCCCUUUGAAGACUGGAAAAAUAAAUUUUGGACUUCCUACAAGACCGGGAUAGUGUAUUGGUCUACAAUGCAGGCAGUGAAUUUCUCUCUGGUACCCCCGGUGGCACGCACUGUGUUUGUUGGAGUAAUAUCACUCGGCUGGACUGUUUUUCUGUGUCAUUUUAGACGACAGACAAAUUAAUCUCAUAUACCCUUUUUUACUAGUAGGGCCCCUUAACAUCAGUUUAUUAUACACCAUAAAAUAAAGACCUUCGUCUGUCUGUCUGCUUCUGUUGUAGCUGAUGUUAUGUAAAAUCUUAGUCAUGCAGCUUGUGAUUACACUAAAACUGGCCUACAAUAAAAUUACAGUAUCAUUACAGGACAGUA